GCUACCACCACCCACUCCUUCCGCCUUGCUCCUCCCCUCCGCCCAUCCUCAUCCCACCUCGACCAUGUCACUCCUGCGCUCUCAGCUUCCGCGGACCCUGUCCAGACAGGCAGCCGCUGCUCCUGUUGCCCAGCGCGCCGUAGCUGCUGCUGUGCCAGCAAUCGCGCGCUCUUUCACCUCGAGGACACCCAGAAGCCCGCGCCAGAAUGUCUCUGCCCUGGCUGCCGUACAUCUGCCAAAGCUCGCCCGUUCCUAUGCUGCUGAGGCUGGCAGCAAGUUCGUCCGAAGCAAGCCUCACAUGAACAUUGGUACCAUUGGCCACGUCGAUCACGGCAAGACUACACUCACCGCCGCCAUCACCAAGGUCCUUGCCGAGGCAGGUUCAGGAAAAUUCGUAGACUACGCCUCCAUUGACAAGGCUCCCGAGGAAAAGGCUCGAGGUAUCACCAUCUCCACUGCCCACGUCGAGUACGAGACUGCCAACCGCCACUACGCCCACGUCGACUGCCCUGGUCACGCUGAUUACAUCAGGAACAUGAUCACCGGUGCCGCCCAGAUGGAUGGAGCCAUCAUCGUCGUUUCCGCCACCGAUGGACAGAUGCCUCAGACCAGGGAGCAUUUGCUCUUGGCAUCGCAGGUCGGUGUCAAGAAGCUUGUUGUAUUCGUGAACAAGGUGGACCAGGUGGAUGACCCGGAGAUGCUGGAGCUGGUCGAGAUGGAGAUGAGGGAGCUCUUGAGCACCUACGGCUUCGACGGAGACAACACGCCCAUCGUUUCGGGCUCGGCGUUGGCUGCCCUGGAAGGCAAGACCCCAGAGAUCGGAGCCGAGGCUGUCAAGAAGCUCAUGGCCGCUACUGACGAGUGGCUGGAGCAGCCUCCUCGAGACUUCGAGAAGCCCUUCUUGAUGCCAGUAGAGGACGUCUUCUCCAUCUCCGGACGAGGCACUGUCGUGACUGGUCGAGUGGAAAGGGGUACGAUUACAAAGGGAUCCGAGAUUGAGAUUGUCGGCAUGGGAACUUCUUUCAAGACUACCCUCACCGGUAUCGAAAUGUUCCACAAGGAGCUCGAUCGCGGUGAGGCCGGCGACAACAUGGGCGCUCUGCUGCGAGGUAUCAAGCGAGAGCAGAUUAGGAGAGGUCAGGUUCUGAUCGCGCCCGGCUCCGUCAAGCCCAUCAAGAAGUUCCAGGCUCAGUGCUAUAUCCUCACCAAGGAAGAGGGCGGCAGGUACACUCCCUUUGGCAACGGCUACUCUCCCCAGGCUUUCAGCAGGACUUCAGAUGUGACUGUUUCCUUGACAUUCCCAGAGGGUACCCCCGAUGCAGACGAGAAGCUCGUGAUGCCCGGAGACAACGUGGAUCUGGUUGCGACGCUCGUUCAUGACAUUGCCCUUGAAGUAGGUUCUCGAUUCACCCUUCGUGAGGGUGGCAAAACAGUCGGCACUGGUAUCGUGACCAAGCUCAUGUAGAGAGUUGCCACAAGUGACGAUGACCAUUUACGACCUCGAGAGCAGCAUCUUCCCAUUCCUUGUAUAACAUUGACCCCAAAAUUAGCAUGCAUAGAGGAGCACACUACCUGCGAGAAGGCCGAAGGCCGCAUGCCUAUGUAGAGGCCUGCAUCUCCGUCUGCUCCCUAUAUGCCAGCUCGUGCCAAGAGAGCAUGUAUUACACCUGUCUUGGAACACCUUGGCACAGUCCAAUCACACCACUUCCCAACCGCACCGCAACCAAACUGACGCUCCGCUUCAGUGUGAGAAUUAGUAUGGUCAUUGUUGCGUUUGAGCUCCUAGCU